AUGUCUGCCACGGCCGCAUACGGCAACACCGCCGACAAGGGUUACUCCAGCGGCAGCGAAGAUGGACAAGCAACAGGCCAGCGGAAGGCGCUGGCUACAACCAACGGGCCAUCAGCAUUACCUCUGCCGCCGACCUCGGAUUACCUGUCGCAACCAGCGGGGAGUCUGCUCAAAGGAGCAACCGACGAGAAGGGGAACCUCAAGCCCGCUGCGCUCAUGGUCGGCAUUAAACUUGAUCUCGAGGCAGAGGUCCAUUUGACAGCUCGAGUUCGAGGUGACAUCACGAUUGGCUUGUACUGA